CAUUUACCAUUGGUGCUCCAUAUUGAAAAACAGCAAAAUGGCUCUGCAACUCUGCAUUUUGAUAGUUCUGCUGAGCUUCAUCACACUGAUUGGUGCAAGUGAUGUGGCAAACUAUGUUUCUAAGAUACAAUGGGGAGAUGAGUAUGUGGAGGUGUAUAACAAACCAUCAGCUCUCUUCAGAGAAUCAGAAGACUGCUUCGCUGGUUUUCUAAAAGGCAUACACAGAAAUGACACAUGCUACAUGUUUGUAACAAUAACCAAAUCAUGGCAAGAUGCUACAGAUUUCUGUCAAUCAUAUUUUGGGUUUGGACUGGUAACAGUUGAGAGCUAUGAAGAACAGGAAGUAUUUGUGGGACAUCUUGGAACAGAUAUAAAUCUCAGGGUACCGGCUGGACAGCGCGGGGGAUAUUGGACAAGUGGAAACAAAAUGAGAGAUGGUACGACAUGGGAGUGGCAAACUACUGGAGAACCUUUCAACUUCACAAAGUGGAUACCAGGGCAUCCCGACUCUAAUACAGUAAUGGUAUUGUUUGAUGAUAAUAGUGGAAACUAUGCAUGUAUUGCACAUUAUUUUGAUUGGAUUUCACAAAAUCCUGCAACUGCAUAUAGAUCAAUAUGUCAGCAUCCAAUACUUGAAUAAGGUUGAAAUACAAAUAUUCUGAGAAUAAUAAGAUGUGCAUUAU